UUGGCUCUGCCUGCUGCAUUUGGCAAGUUUCCGCUUGGCUGUCAUACAAAUUUAAAUUCAAAAUUUCAGGCCUGGGUGAGAAGCUCUUUGCUUUUCCCACUGGUGACCAACUGUUGAGGUAACCUUUGAUAUAGCUGCUCCACUGACUCGAAAAUGGCAUCUGGAAUCGAUCUGAGCCGCGAGUGCCGGCACGUCUUCGAGCAGAUUCGCAAGCUGAAGCAGCAUCGCUAUGCGGUGUUCGUCAUCCAGGACGAAUUGGUGGUCAAGGUGGAGAGGCUGGGAGUGCGGGAGGCGAGCUACGACGACUUCCUGGAGGAUCUGCACCGGGCGGGCGCCAACCAGUGCCGCUUCGCCGUCUACGACUACGCGUACCAGCACCAGUGCCAGGGCGCCUCGUCCACCUGCCUCAAGGAGAAGCUGUUUCUGAUGCUCUGGUGUCCCACGCUGGCCAAGGUCAAGGACAAGAUGCUCUACUCCAGCACGUUCGCGGUGCUCAAGCGGGAGUUUGCCGGCGUCCAGAAGUGCAUCCAGGCCACCGAGCUGGACGAGGCCUGUCGCAAUGCCGUCGAGGAGCAGCUGCGCUCGUUGGACAGAGAAUAGUCCUCCAGCUCCACCUCCAGUUCCUCCUCCGCCCACAUGAAAUACAGCCCGGCUCAUCCAGCC